AUGCGAGAAGUCGCGAUUGUUUCACCAGUCAGGACACCUGUGGGGGGAAUUGGCGGCAGCCUGCGCGGUGUCUCGGCGGCAGAGCUGGCAAGCAUCGUUAUUCAAGAAUCUCUGAGCCGGGCCGGACUUGAAGCAGGCAAGGUGGACGACGUCAUCCUGGGCCACGGAUAUCCUAGCGGGGAGAAUCCAGCAAUCGGCCGGUUAGCCGGAUUGAAAGCCGGGCUACCCAUAGAGGUCCCGGGAUACCAGUUGGAUCGCCGCUGUUCCUCCGGCCUGCAAGCCAUCCUCAACGCCUCCAUGCUGGUCCAGACCGAGAAUGCCGACGUAGUCAUCGCCGGCGGUGUCGAGAGCAUGAGCAACGCCGAGUUCUACACCAACGAGACCCGAUGGGGCGCCCGCUUCGGCUCGGUAACCAUGCAUGACCGGCUGAACCGCGCCAGGGAGACCAUGUCGCCGGAUGAGCGGUUUGGCUACAUAUCCGGGAUGAUCGAGACGGCGGAAAACUUGGCCAAGCAGUACGAAAUUACCCGCGAAGAGCAGGACGAAUACUCGCUUCGAAGCCAUCAACGGGCUGUGGCGGCAUCGGAGGGCGGUAUUUUCGCGGACCAGAUUGUGGCGGUGCCAGUCCCGCAACGCCGCGGUGACCCGGUGCCCUUCGCCAAGGACGAGGGGCCCAGGGCCGACACCUCUAUGGAGGUGCUUGGCCGGUUGCGGCCUAUGACAACAGAUGGAUCGGUGACCGCCGGCAACGCCAGCAGCCAGAACGAUGCCGCCUCGGUGUGCUUGGUAGUCGCAGCAGACAAGCUGGAGGAACUGGGCUUGAAGGCCAUGGGCUACCUGCGGGGAUGGGCCGUCACCGGAUGCCAUCCGGCCUAUAUGGGCAUUGGCCCGGUGGGUGCGGUUUCCAAGGUCAUGAGCAAGGUCGGACUAUCCUUGGAUGACAUGGACCUGAUAGAACUCAACGAGGCGUUUGCCGCCCAAGUGCUGUCCGUCCUGCGCGAGUGGAAACUGCCUAACGAGGACAAGCUCAACGUCAACGGCUCCGGGAUUUCCUUGGGCCAUCCAAUCGCCGCCACCGGUGCCCGGAUCCUGACCACGCUUCUCCACGAAAUGGAGCGCCGGAACGCCCAAUUCGGGCUGGAAACCAUGUGCGUCGGCGGCGGACAAGGCGUCGCCGCGGUCUUCGAGCGCAAGAAUUAG